AUGGCUCGCCAAGCUGCUAUUCUGGGCCUUCUCGCCCCUGCUCUCAUUCUUGCCGCUCCCUUGACUUCUCAGGACAAGAGAGAUGACAACACUCUUGUCGAGAGGCAAGAUACUUUCAACGCCAUUGCCCAAGAAAAUGUCAUGUUCGACAAGCGCGAGCCUUUGACCGUCGGAGCUGGUAUUGGAGUUGGAAUCUCGGCUACAGUCAAGGUUUCUGGCUCCCACAGAACAACUUCCACCAAGAAGUCUUCUUCCUCAAGCAAGAAGCCAUCUUCAUCAGCCAAGACCACCGCUCGUCCUUCUUCUUCUACCAAGAAGUCCAGCAGUUCCAAGAAGGCUUCAACUGCUCUCCUACCAGUCUCUAGCAAGAAGCUCACCCUCUCGAGCAUCAAGAAGUUGACCAGCUCGGUCAAGGUUUCCGCAUCCGUCUCUAUCAAGAAGCCAACUGUUACUGUCGCUCCCAUCGUCACAAGCAAGAAGAGCUCUUCCUCUUCGAAGAAGACAUCUUCAUCUUCCAGCAGCAAGAAGCCCGUCUCAUCCGCCUCCAGCAGCAAGAAGCCUGUCUCAUCUUCUUCCAGCAGCAAGAAGCCUACUUCCUCCGCUGUCAAGCCUGCUUCAAGCAGCUCCAAGGUUUCUACCAAGUCCAGCAUCUCUAUCAAGCUCCCAGUCAUUACUUUGAAGACCUCGAGCAAGUCCAGCACUAAGGCUGCUGUGAGCACUUCCAAGUCAUCUGUCAAGCCCGGCAGCAGCUCCGUCAAACCCAGCAGCUCAGUCAAGCCCGCAAGCAGCUCGAUCAAGCCCGCUAGCAGCUCCGUGAAGCCUGCCAGCUCUUCCAUCAAAUCAAGCAGCGUCAGCCGCGGUGCCAUUCCUUCGUCUGCCACCACCAUCAUCAAGCAGGGCUCUACUUCAAGCAGAAACACUCAGACUGCCGUCUUCAGUUCAGUCGUUCUGUCUAGCAGUUCCAAGGCUGGCUCCAGCUUCACCAGCAAGUCAAUGACAGUUGUGACCAGCAACGGCCAGAAGACUACUAUCUCAGUCAAGCCUACACCUUCUUCCAGUGCAACCCGUGUUGGUGUGUCUGUUGAAGUGCCUGGUCUCUCUGUCACCAUCCCAGGCGUUACACUUGGUGGAGGUGUCACACUUCCCACUGGCGUUGGAUCCGGUGUCUCAUCUGCUCUGUCGUCUGUUCUCAGCCGUGCAUCGAGCGUGGUCUCAUCAGUCGUCUCGCAGGCUACUUCCGUUGUCUCUAGCGAUGUUUCCAGAGCCUCUUCUCUCGUUUCGAAGGCAACUUCUGUGGCUGUUGGUGAUGUUUCUACCAUCAACUCCAGAGCUUCAUCUGUCCUCUCCCAGGCCACCUCUGUGGUUGCAGGUGAUGUCUCUACCAUCAACUCUAGAGUCUCAUCCGUCGUUUCCCAAGCUACUUCCGUAGUCGCCGGAGAUGUUUCCACGAUCAACUCCAGAGCCUCAUCUGUCGUUUCGCAGGUCACCUCCGCAGUUGCUGGCGGUGCUUCAACUAUCAGAUCGCAGGCUUCCUCUGUCGUUUCUCAAGCCACCUCUGGAACUGCCAGCGGUGCUUCCAGUGUUCGCUCGCAAGUCUCAUCUGUCGUCUCGCAAGCAAGCUCGGUGAUCAGCAGUGACGUCUCCAGCGUCACUUCUCGCGUAUCCUCUGUCGUCUCCCAAGCAAGCUCCGUCAUCAGCAGCGAUGUUUCUAGUGUCAGCUCCAAGGUAUCUUCUGUCGUCUCGCAGGCCUCCUCGGUAGCUUCAAGUGAUGCUCAGGUUUCCGCUUCUGCUUCUGCUGGUGUGAGCGUCUCCGCCGGAGCUUCGACUUCUGCUUCCUCUGCUCCUUCCAGCACGGCCCCUGAUUCCGGGCUGAGCCUUCCUCUGACCAGCAUCCUCGGAGGUGUUGCAACCGGUCUUCCUGCUGCUGCCAGCGACCUUGUUGACGGUCUUACCCCUGGAUCCACUGGUGUCCUUUCUGGUGUCGCUGUCGCUGCCACCGAUCUCGUUGGCGGUAUCAACCUUGGAUCUACUGGCAUCCUCUCUAGUGUUGUCGUUGUCGCUACUGGUGUUGUUUCUGGUGUUGAAUCUGCUGCUACCAGUCUCCUUGGCAGUUUGAUCCCCGACGCCGACCUUCCUUCUAUUACACCAAUCGUACCAGUCAGUCUGCCCGUGAUCACUGGACUUCCUUCUGCUGGAGUUUCUGGUGCAGUCAGCGGAAUUGAGUCAGUCGUUGCCAACCUUCCUUCUGCUGGUGUGUCCGGAGCAGUCAGCGGAAUCGAGUCGGUCGUUGCCAACCUCCCUUCCGUCACAAUCUCCGGAGCAGUCAACCUUCCCGAUGUUACCGACCUUCCUGCCACCAUUACUAGUCUCCUUGGUGGAGUCGCCACCGACCUCACUGUUGUCGCUGGCGAUGCUACUAGCCUCUUGAACGGCGCUCUUCCCUCCGCUGCAGUUUCUGGUGUUGUCGGCGACGCUGGAGACAUUGUCUCAACUAUUACAUCUGUUGCUGGAUCACUCGUUACUCCCGUAGUCGAUGGUGCAGCCGGCGCCGUCGAGACUGCUCUCAACACCAUCGUCUCUGACGUCCCUGCCGCAGCUUCUGGAAUUGUUUCGCCAGUCGUCUCAGGUGUCAGCCAGGGCGUUGCUGCAGCUACCUCGGAUGUCUCAGAAGUCGUUGGUGCUGCAGGCACUGCUGUUAGCCAGAUCGUGUCGGUUGCCUCCUCCGCGGUUCCCACAUUUGUUAGCAAUGUCGUCUCUGUGGCCAGUGGAGUCGCCUCAAACGUCGCAUCUGUCGCCGGCUCUGUUGUUGGUGGAGCUGCCUCGGAUGCCACCGCUGUGGUCGUACCUGUAGUCACUGGUGUUGCAUCUGCAGCGGGCUCGGCAGUUGGUGGAGUUGCCUCGGGCGCCACCUCAGCACUCACACCCGUAGUUACUGGACUCACUGGCGGAGUUGGAAACACAGUCGGAAAUCUCGGUGCUGGUCUUGGUUUGGGCGGCGCUGGAGCUGCUGUCUCUUCAUCGGCGACUACUUUGGUCACCAAAACUUCAUCUGCAUCUUCUGGCAAGAGCUCUACUCCCUCGGCCACUCCUACCAAGAGCUCCAGCGGUAUCCUUAUCCCUGGUGUGAUUUAGGAACGAUAUUCGCUCGCCCACUAUUUUCCUUUUUUUGUUUUUCACGUUUCACGAG